ACUUCCUGCCCCGGCUCCGCAGCGCUCCGGGCGCGUCAAGGUCACCGCGGCGUGGGGCGGGGGGAGGCCUGCCGGGACGGGGGACCCUCCUGGGGGCUGGGCCGAGGCCUGCGGGCGCCCGGGCCUGCUGAACAGCCAGGCUGAGCUGUCUUUGUCCGCGAAGCCCUCGCCUGAGUUCCCAGCCACGUUCCUGGCCCAGGACGGGCAGAAAGAAGCUCCCGCAGCCCGGGCGCCCCACCUUGGAGCGGGGACACCACGUCGCACCUUGGAGCGGGCGCUGACCUCACCCGGCUCACGUAAGCACGUUGGGAAGGGAUCGCCACCCAUCCUGGGGGAAGCGAGACCCGGCCGGGACUGGACUUGUUGCAGGCCGCGAGCUUGGGCGGGACGAGCCCCCCCACCCCAGAUUCACCCUGGAGAUCUUAAAGACUCUGGAGAAAAGCCACGUGGGGGGCUGGUUCCCCUGGGGCUUCCUCCCGUCCCCCGACUGCCUGAUCCUCUGGAGCGUCCCCGAUGUCUGCAAAGACGUCGAUCUGGACGUCCUCGUGGAAGCCCUGAAGCCCGUGGGGACCUUUAAGAAGAUCGGCAAGGUGUUCCGAAAGGAGGAAGACUCCACGGUGGGCAUGCUGCAGAUCGGGGAGGACGUGGACUACCUGCUCAUCCCCCGCGAAGUCAGGCUGGCCGGGGGCGUGUGGAGGGUCAUCUCCAAGCCGGCCACCAAGGACGUGGAAUUCCGGGAGCGGCUGAUCCAGUUUUUGGAGGAAGAGGGCCGCACCCUGGAGGACGUGGCGCGCAUCAUCGAGAAGAGCACCCCGCACCGGCACGAGCCCCCCAGAAAGCCCAAGGAGCCCCAAGCCAGGAGGAGAGUCCAGCAGGCGGUCACUCCGGUGCCUCGCCUGGUCGUCGGCACCUACGACAGCAGCAACGCUAGCGACAGCGAGUUCAGUGAUUUCGAGACCUCCAGAGUCCAGGGCUCGGAGGGCUCGGGCCGGGCCAGGAAGGCGCGCAGAAUGCCCGUCAGUUACUUGGGCAGCAAGUUCCUGGGGAGCAACCUGGACAGGGAGGACGAUGACGAGGACCUGGUCCAGGCCUUCCUCCAGCACCAGGAGAAGCAGCCCAGAGCGCCGCCUGCCGGCCGCGGCGUCCACCUACCGGUGCCGGGGUUUGAGGACAGCCCCGGGCCCCAGCUGUCCAAAGGGGACAGGCGCCAAGAGUAUGCCAGCCGGGCACCCUGGGGGAAGCUGAAGCAGAGGUUGACGGGGAGUUGGGCUCUGAGAUCAGGCCCCGAGAAGGUCGGGGCUCACCAGGCCUCCGUGUCCACGGAGAGAGAUGGGGCGUCCCUCAGCCAGGGGUCUGACUCAGCCAGUGGAGGAGAUGGGGGUGCGCCCCAGUGCUCCCCUAGGCGAUGGAGACCCAAGAUCACCUGGGCUUCCUUCAGGCGCCGCAGGAAAGAUGAGACAGCAUCCUUGGCUCGGGGGGCAGAGGCCGUUGCUGAGCAGAGAGAAGGGGCUAGAGAGCAGGCUCUCCAGGAAGCCGGGUCUUCAGCUGGCCAGGGCAACACAGGGACAGCCCCAAGAGCCAGGCCCCAGAAACAGGUCAAGACAGUGAGGUUCCAGACCCCUGGACGCUUUCUGUGGUUUCGGAAAUGCAGGAGAGCCCUCUGGCACACUCCCCGGCUGCCAGCCCUGCCCAAGAGAGUCCCCAGGGCAGGGGAGGGCAGGAGCCUCAGAGUGCUGAGGGCAGAGGCCGGGGCAGAAGCUGGCCAGGGAGAGCGAGAAGACCAGCUGUGAACGGGGCCCUGCGGCCUCCCCAGGGAGGCAGACAGCAGGGCGGGCAGUACCUCCCAUCUUCCUAGGGACCCUCUCUCCUACUUAUUUUUUCUCUUGUGCAUUGAUUUCUUUUUUUCAAUUCUGACUCCUUUUUAGCAUCCCAAAGAAUGUCAAGAAAGGAACGGAGAUGCUGGGGUUCUGUCACCGCUCGUGCUUUUAAUUUUCUUAGACACAGCCCUCAGUGUUCAGCUUGGAAAGGGAGGGUACAGGCCGGGAGGGAGGGCUCUGUCUCGAAUCCCUUUGCCUGCACGCUUAGUAUCAAUGGCCUCCUUGAACCUGAGAGGAGGACUCAAGCCAACACGUGAAUAAAAACGUUUGC